AUGGUCAAAAGUUCCAUGAAUAAUGGGAAUCUGAUGGUUUUUGCUGUAGCAGUAGCAGCAGCAGCAGCAUCAAUGGUGUUACAGACAACAGAAGCAGCAGAGUAUGUUGUAGGAGACGACUUGGGUUGGACUGUCCCUCCGAAUGGCGCUGCCACUUACGUUGAAUGGGCUUCCAAAUAUAACUUCCUAGUUAACGACAUUCUAGACUUCAAGUUUGCACAAGGAGAACACGACGUGACAUUGGUAACCAAGGAGAACUUUGAGAUUUGCAACUCCACAGAUCCCUUAUUUCAACUCCAGAAACCAGCGAGCUUUCAAUUUCUUUCGGCAGACACAUUUUAUAUCAUCUGCAGCUUUGCUGGCCACUGUGCCCAAGGCCAAAAGGUAGCCGUUACUUUUGCUCCCUCUGCAAGUCCAAGCCCUAGUCCAAGUCCAAGUAGUGCUGACGCUCCUCCUGCUGCAUCCCUGCCCCUCAAAUUUGUGCUGUCUAGAAAAGUUGGGUUCAGGAAAGUUUGA